ACGCACGACUUCAACAGAGCAGACUGAGAUCGUGAACAAGCAUAAUACUCUGAGGAGAGGUGUCCAACCUACUGCCAGCAACAUGAUGAAAAUGAGCUGGAACAAAGAGGCUGCAACCAAUGCUGAGAAAUGGGCAGCAACCUGCUCCAUGAAACACAGCCCUGCAAGCUCCAGAGUCAUCAGCACCAGCGGCUGUGGGGAGAAUCUCUACAUGGCCAGCUUCAAGAACUCCUGGUCCAACGCCAUCCAGGCCUGGUACAACGAGGUGGCCAACUUCCGCUACGGAGUCGGAUCCAUCAACGGAGGAGUGGUGGGACACUAUACGCAGGUUGUUUGGGCCACCUCCAAAAAUAUUGGCUGCGCUAUGGCCUACUGCCCCAACUCCACAUACAAAUACUUCUACGUCUGCCACUACUGCCCACCAGGAAACUACAAUUUGACUAAUCCCUACAAGUCAGGAACAUCCUGCGGUGACUGUCCCAGCGCCUGUGACAACAAACUCUGCACCAAACUGUAAUGACCAACAAAGCAGCUGUCCCAAGCCUCAGCAGCGGUCGGCCUGCAGCCACCUCCUGGACUCCCGCCUCCUGCAGAUGCACCAAUCAAAUUAUCUUAAAGUCGCAUGUACUCUAACUCACCCAUCAGUUUCAAUAAAGACACUCUCUGCAUAAAUCUGCUGGUUAUUAACCCAGCAUAAAAGGUGAGACCUCUUUGUGCUACAGACGGAAGUAGAAGAGUCUGGUUCGUAACUCCUGUCUUUUGGAGCUGCUCAGUAAUUAGCAAAGGUCAAAGGGGAAAUGUGCUUUGGCACAGUAACCCUUUGAACAAACACAGCCUCCAGGGGCAGGUGCUUUGACAAUUUGUGAGGUGCAAACUCACAGAGAGGAAGGACAGCAGAUAUGACAGGGUUAUUUAACAGAGGUGGGGAGGAAAGAAAAACAAAGCUGGAUACGGUCUGUUAUCGAGACCACUUGUUACUUCAAAAUGUGUAAAAUAAAUAGCUAUCCUCUUCAAAAAUGGAGGAAAAUAAAACUUCUAAUUCAAAUACAUCUAAUUAAUGAGGGAA